AUGUCGCAACCGUGGUUCACUGGCUCCGACGGCCCACGAACCCGCACCCGCACCCGCACAAACUACCACCCACCCCAUGCCCGCUCCCAGCCCGAGAUUACCGUCACCAUCCCCUCACGCUACGCCUCCUCGCGCGGGCGCCGCCAGCCGCGGCGCGACUCCCACGGGCCGCUAGACGUCUUGCAGAAGUUCGACGACCUAGAGAUCACCUCGCAAUUCGGGGAAGACGCUAUGCCGGAGACGAAAAGCGCCACCGCGUACGACGAAACCCCGGUGGAGGCGACCGGGGCCGACAUUCCCCCGCCGGCGAUGUCGUUUCUGGAGAUAGGGUUCUCCGGGAAGGCCCUGAUCGACAACAUAAAGAGGUGUGGGUACGUGAGCCCUACCCCCAUACAGAGGUACGCGAUCCCCGUGGCCUUAGCGGGGAGGGAUUUGAUGGCGUGUGCGCAAACCGGUUCGGGGAAAACAGCGGCUUUUUGCUUCCCCAUUAUCAACGGCAUUAUGCUGGAUAAGGAGCGUAGCAAGGUCUUCAACGGAAAUAGAGGCGGCCCUACCCGAUUGGCGUCGCCCUUGUCCCUGAUACUAGCUCCGACCCGAGAGCUGGCUUGUCAGAUUCAUGAUGAGGCCGCCAAGUUCUCACAUCAAACUGGAGUCAGAGUUGUGGCUGUUUAUGGUGGGGCUCCUAUGGUCCAACAGUUGCGAAAACUGGAAAUGGGUGUGGACAUCUUGGUUGCAACCCCAGGCCGUCUCGUGGACAUGAUAGAAAGAGGAAGAGUAUCCCUGAGGAAUGUUAAGUUCUUGGCACUGGACGAGGCGGACCGAAUGCUCGACAUGGGUUUUGAGCCCCAAGUCCGAGAGAUUGUUCAGCAAAUGGGGAUGCCCCCUCCAGGCUCGAGACAGACUAUGCUUUUCAGUGCAACAUUCCCUGAUGAAAUACGGAGGCUGGCAUCAGAUUUUCUCUCGAACUACAUCUUUCUUGCAGCUGGAAAAGUCGGCUCAAGUACCGAUCUCAUUGUUCAGAGAGUUGAGUUUGUGGCUGACUCAGACAAACGGAACUAUUUGGUUGAUAUUCUUCGUCGUCAAAAGACAAAUAGCACCCCUGCUAAGAAUGUUUUGACUCUAGUCUUUGUGGAGACGAAAAGAGGAGCAGAUGCACUCGAGAGAUGGUUGUCCAUGAAAGGCUUUCCUGCUACUGCCAUCCACGGUGACAAAGUACAGAUGGAGAGGGAGCGUGCCCUCAAAUCAUUCAGAACUGGCCGAACUCCUAUCCUUGUAGCGACUGACGUGGCUGCUCGAGGGCUCGACAUUCCGCAUGUGGCCCAUGUAGUAAACUUUGACCUUCCGAGAGCCAUAGAUGACUACGUCCACCGGAUCGGAAGGACGGGCCGGGCCGGAAAAUCUGGGGUGGCCACUGCUUUUUUCUCCGAAAAGAAUUCUCCUCUUGCAAAGUCGCUCAUUCAGCUCAUGCUUGAAGCAAAGCAGGAAGUGCCUUCCUGGCUCAAUGAGUAUGCCGAGGCAGCCCAAGACAGCAGCUAUUAUGGCAGUGGCCGUAAAUAUGCGGGCCGUAAAUCUGCAGGUUGGGCCAACAAUGGGCCUCAUGAAGGAAAUUCAGGUUGGGCCAACAAUGGGCCUGCUUAUGAACAAAAUUCAGGUUGGGCCAACAAUGGGCCUACUUAUGAAGAAGAUCCUUAUGCGGGAGCCGAUCCCCCUGCUGAUGUGAAUUUCUCGGAUUUUGAUCCUUCAUGUGGUGCUGCUGGCUCGUACAACAAUGAAACUACUUGGGGUACUGCGGGUGGCUGGGAAUAA